AUGAUACUCGCUAGUAUUUAUUCUAGUGGGCAGUACUCGGAUUUCACAAUUACCUGCAAGGGAAAACGCUUCCAAGUACAUAAAGCUAUUGUAUGUCCCCGGUCUGGGUUCUUCGCUGCAGCUCUUCGUACGGCCUUCAAGGAGGCAUGUGAAGGAAUAGUCGACCUUGCAAGUGAUGACCUUGAUAUUGUCGAGAUAAUAAUUCACUACUUUACCAUCUUGAUUACGAACUUCUACCACAACGGCGUCACGCGGACACUGGAACCAACGAAUUGGAGCAACCACGUUGUCUGUCAACACAUGCUAAAGUUUAUUCUCUUGCAGAGAAGUAUGCUAUCCUCUUGCACUCGAGAGAUUCAAAGCAGCGACUUCAAAGCACUGGGAAAACAAGAUCUCCCCGGAGCUGCCAAAGAGGCUUAUGUAUCUACUAUGGAGACGGACCGAGAAUUGAAGAAUGCUGUGGUUAGGGCGUACUAUGCACGCUCUAAGUUGUUAGAGCAUGAGGAGGUGCAGGCAGUUUUUCAAGAGCUGCAUACACUCACCUAUGAUCUCUUAAUGUACGUAUCCUUGGAGAAAAGGUCAUUUUGA